AUGUUCCCAAGAAGAUACACGAUCUUGUGGUUCGCCAUGGGAGGAGUAGGAGUAUGUGAGUGCAAAAGUUGCAGCCAUUUUGUACUGAUUACUGAGGCAUCAAUUUGCUACUUUCUCCUUUUCGCAAGGACGAGAAGCUGUAUUUAUAAUGCAACUACCCCUGAGGACCACGUUCAGCAAUACUCCAAACGAAUCCCGAUUGGCACUUCUACAGGAGUUUAUACUUCCAUCAACAGGAGGUGCGUCAUCGUGGUGUGGUCCAUCACGAGCCCUCUAGUACUUUCUAUGCAUCUACUUUAAAACGGGAGAACGGUGGUGAUGAGAUGAUGAUGAGAACCGCACCAGGACAGUGGCCCUACCGGUGUCACCGGUUAGGUCGCAGUUCUGUGCGGCUAAGAUCUUCUAAUUGUAGGGAGAUAUUGAUAUUGUUCGACAAAAACUACGAAGUGUUCACCAAAUUAUGAUUUUCGUCGUCGUUCGUUGUCCAUCUAAAAGUUUGUGAAAAAAGUGCCUUCCGAAUAAGGAAGGUACAUGUACGCUUAUCUAAUUAAGGUGGUGAGUAGGAGUACUUACCACUACCAUGGUCCAUAACCAUCUCAUUUAAAAUUGAGUCGAACAAUCGAAUUAGAAAGAUAUAAUUCAACAACUCAUUAUGCAGAUUAUAUGUAUGAAAGGAAAAUGAGAUGACGCUUCAGAUGGGACAAUAGCAAUAGAAUUCGAGCAACACUGUUCGAAUUAUACUGGUAGUACCUAAAUUCUUCAUUAGGAACAGCAAACAAGGACAACGACAAUCUUACUUUAAAAGAUUGAAAUUGUACUACUCACAGGUAUAAAAAUUAUCGUUCUUACUUCUUGUACUACAACAGUUAUUAAUAUCGUUCGUUAUAGCGUUCGCACAAGAUGUAAAACCUCUCUGUAAGCCACCUCUUAAUUCGACAUCACAGCUCAAUUUACGUAGAAAUUCAUUGUACUACGUUUUAUUAUGUUUAGCCAUCCAACAUAUGAUCGAUAUCGAUUAGUUUCGCCUAUUCACUUAUUUCACAUAGACGAGGAAUUAGUUUUAGAAAGGACAACAACCUACUCAUUGAACUAAUCGAAUUCGAAAUUCAGAUGUUUCUUCCUCGCUGCAUUCAAGCGGGAAGCACGACGUAGACAGACAACUUGCUCUCACUUUCACACUCUAGUACUUACUACAUUUCAAUUGACUACAUCUUGUUUCACAACAAGACGUAAUACUCACAUCACGGGGUUGUCGAAGCAAAGCGAGGAAGGUCAGGAUGUUUUCUUAAAGAUGUCGGAGGCCGCGCUGUCCUCUGAUCCUGAGGGAACCUAC